UCAAGUCUCUUCAUCCUGAGCAGCUUUCUUCGCCACUGAGUAGGGAGGAAGUGCCGAAGAGAUAGAUUAUAUGGACGCCGGCGGUGCUGUUGGUGGCAAUUCAGAGCAGCUCUUGGUUGAAGCACAUGGGAACACACGGACACUUAUUUUGAAUAGGCCAAAGCAGCUGAAUGCUCUCUCUUAUGCAAUGAUUAAGAGGCUCCUGAGGUGUUUCACUGCUUACGUGAAAGAUGAUGGAGUUAAAUUAUUGAUUAUAAAGGGAUCCGGAAGAGCAUUUUGUGCUGGAGGUGAUGUUGUUGCUUGUGUCCAGUCAAUAAAUAAUGAUGGAUGGAAAUGGGGCGAUGAUUUCUUCCGAGAUCAAUACUUUUUAAACUACAUAAUUGCAACAUGUAUCAAACCUCAGAUUUCUCUUCUUACUGGAAUCGUCAUGGGUGGAGGUGCUGGGGUUUCUUUGCAUGGAAGAUUUCGAGUUGCCACUGAUAACACAGUUUUUGCAAUGCCAGAAACAUUUCUUGGUCAUUUUCCAGAUGUUGGGGCCUCAUAUUUUCUGUCUCGGCUUCCUGGGUUCUAUGGAGAGUAUGUUGCUCUUACCGGUGCCAGAUUGGAUGGUGCGGAAAUGCUUGCAUGUGGUCUGGCAACUCAUUUUGUCCCUUCAAAUAGAAUGCUAUUGCUGGAAGAAUCCCUUAAAAAGGUGAACACCUCCAAUAGUUUUGUUGUGUGCAGUACUAUCGAUCAAUUUUCUCAACAGCCGUCACUAAAACAAAAAAGUUCCUUGAAUAGGUUGGAAAUCAUCAACAAAUGCUUUUCUAAAAGAACAGUUGAAGAAAUCAUAUCCUCUCUUGAGCAAGUGGCCUCAAAUAUGGCAGACGAAUGGGCUGCUGAAACAAUUCGGUAUCUAAAAAGGGCUUCUCCUACUAGUUUGAAAAUCACAAUGAGAUCGAUGAGAGAAGGGAGGACACAAACCAUUGGUGAAUGCUUGCAACGGGAAUAUAGAAUGGUUUGCCAUGUCAUACGUGGUGAUUUCAGUCGAGAUUUAUUUGAAGGAUGCAGGGCUAUACUAGUAGAUAAAGAUAAGAAUCCAAAGUGGAUGCCUACAAGGUUGGAACAAGUGCAUGAUGAGGCAGUUGAAGAGUAUUUCUCUAGGAUUGAUGAUCCACGGUGGGAAGAUUUGAACUUACCUGUCAUAUGUUCACAUGGAAGAAUUAUGGAUUCCAAGCUUUGAUGGAAGUCUAUGGUGAAGAGUAUAAUAUAAUGGAGGCUCAAUUGUGGUUAGAAUAACACAACAUCGCUUGUUCGAAGAGUUUAUGUAGAUUGAAUUUAGUGAUAAAAUAAAACUGAAUACAUGUGUAUGUCAACUUAUACAGCAAAAGCACUCGUUAUU